GGAGACAAAGAAACGCGUGACCGUUGCAACACGCCUUUAAGCCAGAGCGGCCAUUCAUAAUUCAAUAUCAGGUCUCAAAAGAAAGCGGGAUUUUGCAAAUUCGAAGUUCAUAUGUUGCUUAAACCUUGAAAGCUUUUCGAAACCUCCAAAGCUAACAGAAAAAUUUUGAGGAUCAAUUUUCCACUUUUUCUCCAGAAUUAAUUGGCGUAGCAGAGGCUGAUAGUGUAAUACUUGCAUCAGAUGUCCAAAUCUUUCUGCUUCAUUUUCACAUUAGCAGAGAGAUCUUUCUCUUAUAUGAACUUGCUGGGUCCUCUGGUCAGAUCCAAAAUUUAGCCCGACAGUUCCUGGAAUUUUUUGGUUCUUGUUUUACAAAAGGAGAUUUCAGGUAGGUUGAGUUUCUAGCUGCAUUAGCCAUUCCAGUAAAGAGCUUACGCAUCAUUGAAUCUUUCUUUCUUGGAAACCGACUUUAUUAACUUAACCUAUUUCACCCAAAGUCCCCAGAGGGACAUGACCUGCCCAUGAUUAAGCACUCAAGAAGUUCAUGAAGAUGUGAAAUUCUGGAGGGGUGAAUUGUGAAUAUUUACAGACAGCAAUGGACUACAAUCUGGCAGCACUCAAGCUGCUAUGCAUACAUCUAAAGAAGGCCCAGCAAGUGAUUUCUGACUCCCAGUCCUCCUUCAGUCUUGGAGGUAUUCUGUUUCAGCGUGCUUGGAUCCAGGGCAUUUUAGUCUCGGCAGUGCCUUCCUCUUCCUCCACGGCCCCCAGUGAAACUGGCUGCCGCUUCCUCCUUGAUGAUGGCACCGGAAUCAUUGAACUCAUCCUGUCGGGUGAUUUCCGUAACCGCCAUUGGGAAACAGGAAUGUAUGUCAUGGUGGUUGGAGGUUAUUUUAUACAGACAGGUGAUGUACCCAUGAUUAAGGUUCACAAGAUUGUUGAUCUUUCUGCAUUUCCUGAUCGAGAGGCAAUGUGGUAUCUUGAAGUCAUGGAGGCCUUCAAACUUUUCUACCAGCCCUCUAUUUGAAGAGUAACAGAGGGAAAUUAGUCAGAUUGACAUAUUCAUGUUUGUUAAGCGAUACCCGUUGCUUUUUUUUUCCUUGUCUCGGGGGGAUAUGAUUAUUGAUAUUGUUCUUUGGCUUUAAUAGUGAGCUUUUGUUCUUUGUUUUUCUUUUUUCUUUUUUUUUUGGAAUAUUAAGAGUGGUUGUUAAGUAAAAUUUAAUUAUAGAUACUGGUUAUGGAUAAUAAUCAGAAUCAGC